GGCGGUUCCGGGGCCGUACCUGGGCGGUUCCGGGGCGGUGCCGUGGCCGGGGCCGGUCGCACCAUGGCCGCCGCUGCGGGGCUGGCGCUGCUGGCGCUGCUGGCGGCGGCCGGGGCCGAGCUGAGCCGGAAGGUGUCCAUGGAGUACAACCCUGGCUGGAACAGCUCCUCUGUGAACCUGCUGCACGUGCGGGCGGUGGGGCCUGAGGACAGCCUGCACUACGUGUGGAGCAGCAUCGGGGCCCCUUCCGUGCUCCUGGUGGCCACCCGGAGCCCCAACAGUGCCCUGAGGGUCAACUGGACCCAGCUGCUGUCACCCAGCCCUGCUGGGGCCGUCUGGAUCGAUCCUCCCGACAGCGUGGUCUAUUCCACGGCCGUGGUCUUCACCAAGCUCUUCGAGUUCAGCGAGGCCAAACCUUUGGAGGAGCUCUUCUACCCCACCUAUGACCUGUCCGAGUUCUCCUGGGACAGCCUCAACCACACCCUGAACCACACGGCGCUGACGGCCGAGCUCAGGGGGGUCCCGGCCACCGACCCCGGCGGGGCCUUCGCCAAUGGCAGCCUGGCAUUCCGGGUGACAGCCUACGAGUCCAGCGGCCGUGCGGUGCCGCUGCCCAGGCUGCAGCACACGGCGGGCAGCUCGCAGCUGCAGUUCACGGUGGCGGGGGUGGCCCCGCGCGGGAGCGGCUCCCGGUUCCGCCUGCAGCUGGCCGCGCUGGAGCCGCCGGGGGCGGCGCGGCGCCUCCGGGCCCGCAGCUCCAUCGACGAUGAGUACACGCCCAGCGUCUUCCAGGUGCUGUCCCUGCAGGCCGAGCCCCCCAACAGCAGCUCCCCGCUCUCCUUCCUGCAGUGGAAGGCGGCCGCCUACGGCUCGCCCAGCCCGCGGCGCGAGGACGGGAUCCGCUGCAGGGCCGGGGGGCUGCGCGUGGCCAGCGGGGACCUGCCCGGGACCCCCGUGCUCAGGGCCUUCUUUGGGGACAGCCUGGCCACCCGCUGCACCGCCAGCAUCCUCAACGUCACCUUCGGGGGCGAGGAGGGACACGUGUACCAGGAGAGGAGGUACCUCAGCUGGUCGGUGCUGCUGGGCUUCGGGGAGCCCCCCAGGGACACCUUCUCCCCCCUGGUGAUCUCCAUCACGGCCGUGGCGCUGGGCACCCCGCUGGCCAUGCUGCUGCUGGGCAGCUGCCUGCUGCUGCUGGCACAGAGGAGACGCUACUCGGAGUACGAGCCCAUCAACUGAGGGGGCUGGACCCCGGGAGACCCCCGGGAUCCUCCCCUCCCACUCCCGGGAUCCUCCCAUUCCGGGAUCCUCCCACUGCCGGGAUUCCCGGAUUCCCUUCCCGGGAGUGGCCGUGGCUGCUGCCGCCCCCUCUGUGUCCCCUCUGCCCCCGCCGAGGGGACCAGGGUGACACUUGCAGGUGCCCACCUCACCCCUCCCUGUGUCCUCCUCCUCCCCACUGCCACUCCCGCACUCCCUGCCCGGAUUUUUCCUGAUCCAAGCGGCAAAGGGAAGCGAUGGGAGGAGUUUGGUCAGGAAAAUCCUCCUCCUUUUCCUUCUCCCUCCUCCUCCUCCUUUUCUCCUUCUCUUUCUCUUCUUCUUCUCUUCAUUUUCUCCUUCUCUUCCUCCUUUUCUCCUCUUCCUCCUCCUCCUCAUUUUCUCCUUCUCUUCCUCUUCUUCUUCUCCUCCUCCUCCUUUUCUCUUCCUCCUCCUCCUUUUCUCUUUCUCUCCCUCCUCUUCUUCUCCUUUUCUCCUUCUCUUCCUCCUCCUUUUCUCCUUCUCUUCCUCCUCUUCUUCUUCUCCUCCUCGACCUCCUCCUCUUCCUAUUCCUCCUCAUUUUCUCCUUCUCUUCCUCUUCUUUGUCUUCUUCUCUUCCUCUUUUUCUCCUCCUCAUCAUCCUCCUCCUCUUCUCCUUCUCUUCCUCCUCCUUCUCCUCCUUUUCUCCUUCUCUUCCUCCUUUUCUUCCUCCUCUUCUUCUUCUCCUCCUUCUCUUCUUCCUCCUCAUUUUCUCCUUCUCUUCCUCCUCUACUUCUCCUCCUUUUCUCCUCCUCCUCCUCCUCUCCCAAGGGACACAACCACUGCUGCCCAAGGACUGUUCCAGGCUGCCUCCAGCCCCGCUCCUGCUCCCAGCCCAUCCCAGACCCCUGCUCCCCGUUCCUGCUGGGACACAAGGGACCCCCAGUGCAGUCCCAGCAGCUGCUCGAGCUCAGGUGUGUCCCGUGGGGCCCUGGGGGGCUGCUCCAGCCCAGGUGCUGCUCCUGGGCACCGCCCAGGGCUGAAUCCCAGCUGCUGCCCCUGGCCUGGGGCUCCUCGGGGCUUUCACGGGGAUCUGGAGCCCUGCUGGCUCCGAGUUCUCCAUCACUCACUUGUCUUCAACCAAAUAAAGUGAAUUUCUAGA